UAAACCCUAAAAACAAGUAAAAACUCAGCAGCUCUGCUCUUGUCAACUUAGAGCCGCACUGAACUCAACGCAGCCGGAGUCCUUCAGCCGCCGCCACAAAUUAUCGACCUAAACCUCUACAAUACGAAACCCUAGUUUCUCCACCUUGAAGUAGAAGAACAGAUUCAUCAUCAAUGGCGAAGAAGAGAAAGGAAAGAAUUCAAAACCCCGAACCCUUCAUUCCAGAUGGCACUGAAUAUGCCAAAUCCAAGAAAUCCUCCAAAGCUCCAAAGCGCCACCAGAAAGAAGGCGAGUUGAUUGAUUCUCACAUCAGUUCAAAAAUUAUCAAGGAAGCUAAGCUUCAAUUGAGAGAGGUUGAAGAGGAAGAUGAAGCUGAUGAACAAAAUGUUACUAGAAACUCGUUUCGCGGUGUCGAAGAGGCUCCCAAUGUUCCCAUUGUUGCUGAGGAUGAUAUUGAUGGUGAUAUUGAUGAUUUUAGUGGGUUUGAUGAAAAUCAAAGCCAUGUUGAUGGUGAAGUUGCUGAUAUUACUCCGGAGGAUGAGAGAAUAUUGGCAUUAUUCAAUUCCAAGGACUCGGGUGGCCAGAUAACACUUGCAGACACCAUUGUUAAAAGAUUAGCAGGACCUGUUGCUACAGAGAAUCCACCAGUGCCUAAAAUGGAUGAAAAAAUUCUUGACAUAUACAAAGGGGUUGCAGAUCUUCUUAGCAGAUAUACAGUAGGCAAAAUCCCCAAGGCAUUUAAACACAUCCCUUCGAUGCAAAAUUGGGAGGAGGUCUUAUAUCUUACUGAACCUCAAAAGUGGUCUCCAAAUGCUUUGUUUCAAGCCACUAGGAUUUUUGCUUCUAAUUUCGGUGCAAAAAAGGCUGAGCGCUUCUACAAGCUUGUGUUGCUUCCAAGAGUGAGAGAUGAUAUAAAAAAGAACCAACGGCUGCAUUUUGCUUUAUACCAAACACUGAAAAAGUCAUUGUACAAACCUGCUGCUUUCUUUAAGGGGAUAUUAUUUCCACUAUGCGAGUCACGCACAUGCACUCUCAGAGAAGCAGUCAUUGUUGGAAGCAUUAUAGAGAAGUGUACUAUUCCUCCACUCCAUUCAAGUGUUGCCCUAUUGAAGCUUGCUGGGAUGGAUUAUUGUGGCACUACAAGCUAUUUCAUAAAGCUUUUUCUGGAGAAGAAAUAUGCAUUGCCGUAUCGUGUGGUUGAUGCAGUUGUUGCGCAUUUCAUGAGAUUUGAAAAUGAUACUAGAACAAUGCCUGUUAUAUGGCACCAAUCACUUCUUGCAUUUGUGCAGAGGUACAAAAAUGAACUACAGAAGGAAGAUAAGGAAAAUUUAAAGCUUCUUCUGGAAAAGCAAAAUCAUAUCUUGGUUACACCUGAAAUAAGUAGAGAGCUAGACCACAGCCGUAACCGAGGUGAAAAGGAGGACGAUCUUAUGUCAAAUUCCGCUCCAGUAUCUGUGAUAAACAAGACUAUCAAAGAAGAUAGAUUCGACAUUCCAGAUGUACCAAUGGAGUUGGACUAAUUUAUUGAGGUUUUCCCCUUGGAGAAACUGUACACACCCUCAUCUUCAUGCUGACGAUAGUCUCUCCACAAUUUUGUACUCGGAUGCGCGUGAAUUACUGGAUUUUCAUGCUUAUGUGUUUUUUCGAUGAUAUUUCAACUACUGCAUGUUUUGCUUGUUUCUAGGGUGAUUGGACAUUUUUUUUUACUAGGGUGAUUGAACCUAAGGGGUAUAUUUAUUUUCUAGAGUGAUUGGAAACUGUAUUACUAUAGCUCAUUUUGCUUCUUACAUUAUAUAUUUAUGCACGCUAUUCACAUUUACUGUUUUUUAAAGGGAUAAAUAGAUGAAUUUCUUUUUAAA